AUGACUAUGAAGGCGAAACAUUUCCUGAGGUCGUCCCUGAAAAAGUGGAGCAAACUGGCCAGAAACACCAUCUCUUCUUCUUCCUCGGCCUGCGAGAGUUGCUCUCUCCAGUGGGUGUUUUGGCCAUUCACGCAUCGCGAAGUUGAAAAUGGCUUCAUUCCCAGAGACGUCCCAAAGGGUCACUUGGUGGUCUACGUUGGAGACAAUCACAAGCGGUUCGUGAUCAAAAUCAAAAUCUUGGGUCACCUGCUUUUCAGAGCGCUCUUGGAUCGAGCUCGAGAAGAGUACGACUACAAUGCUGAUUCCAAGCUCUGCAUCCCUUGCGACGAGAAGAUGUUUGUGGAUGUCAUUCGCUGCGCUGCAUCUCCUCAGGAGAGUCGGAUCUGCGGCCCGUGUUUCUGA